CCCUUCCUGGAGUUUGUCACGACCUGGGGAGGUCCACCAUGGUUGCCACUCGGGGCUUCAGGUUUUAGUGUGAUCCUGGGGUCUGUGGGGGUGUGUUUGCCACCAUCAGCCCCUCUUAGGAUGCUGGGGGAAGAGGCAAGUCAGACAGGAAGGCCUGGGGGCUGAUAGCACCACAGGAAGGAAUGCCAAUGCCACAGCACCAGGGUGAGCCAGCGGGGGCCCAGGGGCAACGUCAUGGUUGCCCCGCCCUCUGCUGUCACGGUGCCAUGGCCUCUCCUUCCCCAGCCCGGCCACAUUCACAGUCAACACACAGCUCACCUUGCAGCUCACAUGAGCCCAGGGACUCCAGGGAAAGUCAUGGAGGCUUCAGGAUCUUCUUCCCAGUCUCAAGACAGUGGUGGAGUCCACAGGGAAACGGAAGAUCACUACCAAGAGACAGAGCUCCACAAGCAUCAUGGGAAGGCCCGGGAGCGAUAUAAGAGAGACAAGUCUUCCUCUUCAUCCUCAUCCUCGUCAUCUUCUUCCUCCUCUUCCUCCUCAUCUUCUUCCUCCUCCUCAGGUGCCGACCAUGGGGAACUGGAAGUGCUAAAGGACGAGCUUCAGCUCUGCGGAGGUGCUGCUGGGGAAAUGGUGCCUACUGGGGAGUCAGGACUCCGAAGGAGAGGUUCCGGCUCAGCGGAGGGAGAAGUGGAGGCCUCUCAGUUAAGAAGACUGAACAUAAAGAAGGAUGAUGAGUUUUUCCAUUUUGUCCUUCUCUGCUUUGCCAUCGGAGCCUUGCUGGUGUGUUACCACUACUAUGCAGACUGGUUCAUGUCCCUCGGGGUCGGCCUGCUCACCUUUGCUUCUCUCGAGACCAUUGGCAUCUAUUUCGGGCUCGUGUACCGGAUCCACAGCGUGCUUCAGGGCUUCAUCCCCCUCCUUCAGAAGUUCCGGCUGCCAGGGUUCAGGAGAACUAACUGAGAUCACUGCCUGACAGCAGCUGAGCCAGUCCCCAAUGUGACCACUGUAACCACUGCCAUGCCUGAGCCCAGAAGACAGAACGACGCGCUGGAAGACACCAGAAGGCCACACAAUAAAGAGCUCUUUCCUUCCACGUGAUCUGAGUGUCGGCACCAGUGGGCAGGCUCUUGCUCUGCAGAUUAACACGCAGUCUCCGUGGGGAAGAGAAGAGGGGAUAGCGUCGGGUCAGCACGGAGGAGCUGGGAUGCCAUUGCUCAUAGGUCAACAUGAAUCCUGGGUUCUGCAGGCUGGCAUCUGCGGGCCUGGGUCUCUCUGGUGUCCUCAGGCCAUGCCCAGGAGCUCACAGUUCCUGCAGAGCCUUCUUGGGACAGCCAUUCUGAGGCAGGGAGCUACCAGGCUGGGUUCCCAGGGGAACUUGUUGCAGGUAAGACGCUGGGGACCAAAGCUGCGGACCCAUCAUAGCUGACCAACCCUGUUGCCCUUGGACUCCUAAAAUCCAAAUAAAUUUUCUGUUCCUUGUGCUUAAAAAAAAAA